AUGUCCGAACAACGCGUGCCUGCCUGGAAAAGGCUCGGUCUGAGCUUGACAAACGCCAAAGACACGGCGCCGCUACCCGCUUCUCCUGCUGCUUCAACCAAACGUUCGAGAGAUGAUGCCGACACUCCCAAAGGCUUCAAGAAGCAGAGACUCGACCAAUCCCAGAAUGGAGCCAACGUAUCUAGCCCUGCGCAAAAGCAGUCCCACACUUCGUCAGUAGCCUCGAUAUCCAGUCCAAUGCCCUCAAGAUUACGAGCCUCGCCCGAAAAGUCCAUCCUAGCCACACCAAACAGCAAGCACGGCCAGCGCAAGUCUGUCGUCUUCUCGAACGACACCAAGAAGCAAGACGGAGACAGUGCUCAGACUUACUUCCAAGCCUGGGCUAACGACGAGCUCGAUUACUACGCUCAAAAAGCCGCCGCCUACGACGCCGCAGAAGCAGCAAAGGCCGCUGCGAACAACAAGAUUGAGGAACCUGCAAAGGCCGUGUCUACCCAACCCGAGAUUGUCCCAGAAGCCGACCUGACACCUCAGAAGGCAAAGAAAGAAGACAAGAGCGUGGCCAAGGAAGAAAAGAAGAAGACAAAGAAAGAGAAGAAGGAAGAUCAAGCAGCAGCCGCAGGCGAAGGGACAACAAACAAGGACGCCACGACACAACCUACCUCUGAUUCUGCGACGCCCGCCAUAAAGAAACCCAAAGUACGCACACCAAAAGACAACGCCAACAAGCCCGUACCUGAGUACGUACGCUACCUUGAACAAUACCACGCAGACAGACCUGCAUGGAAGUUCAACAAAUCCAAACAGAACGACCUACUUAAGAACAUCUGGAACAUUUACCGCAUCCCUCCAUCUUGCAACGAAGCUCUUGUGGAAUACCUCGACGGAUUGCAAGGAGCAGCCGCACGCCAGCGUCUACGUCAGGCAGCCCAAUCCGCAAACAUUGACAUCGUUUCCUUCAUCCGCUCCGAGAUCCCAGAAGUCAAAGACGAACCCAUGGAGACCGCCGAGGCCAGAAAAGCUGCUUACGACUCCGCUCUUGAGAGACAGAAGGAGAUUCUGCGCAAGAAUGGCAUUGAUCCUGAUCCGGAAAAGACAAAGACCAUCCGGGAACAGAGAGACUACGAUGAGCGUGUGCAGUUGGUCUGGAACACUAUGAGCAAGGGUGAGCCUCAAUCAGUUACAAGGGCAGCAGCACCAGUCCCCAAGGAGGAAGCCAAGGUCGAUACUGCACGCUCUAUGCGCAAGAAGAGAAAGUCGAGAACCGACGUCUCCAGCAGCGAGAGCAGCAGCGAGAGUGAGAGUGACAGCGAUAGCGAUAGUGACAGCAGUGACAGCGACAGCGACGACGAGAAGCCGGCAGCAAAGAAGGCCAAGAUCGCAAAGCUCGAGGCCCAGCUCGCCGACGCAAAGAUCGCAAAGCUCAAGGCCAAACUCGCAAAGGCCAAGGCUACAAAGUCCAAGGCCAAAAAGGUCAAGAAGUCCAAGGCUGGCUCUGACUCUUCGGACAGCGAUUCCGACUCAUCUUCAGACAACGAUUCAGAGUCUGGUUCGGGUUCAGAUUCCUCUUCCUCGUCUGAAGACUCUUCAAGCGACUCGGACAGCGAUUGA